AUGUUUUAUCUAUUUGUAGCGUGGUGGCUUAAAAAUUCGGGAAAUGAUGAAUACGGUGGCUUAGAUGGUGAAGAUAUCAACUGGUCUGGGCAUGCAUAUUACGAUAAAUACACAGGGAAAGGAAUCACAAUUGCCGUAAUGUCUGAUGGAGCGCUUUUCGAUCAUGUUGCAUACAAAGAUAGAGCAAUCAAAGAUCAGUUUAUUAAUAUUUAUACAAAUGAAAUCAUGUUGACAACGAAUUCAUCACAUAACAUCGCAACUGCAUCAUUAGCUCUAGCAGCAGGGAAAAGAGGUACAGAAUUUGAAGGUGUUGCUCCAGGAGCAAAUGUUGCAUCUUAUUUUUUCACAAACUAUUCCAUGCAAGCAGAACACCUUCAAACUGUGAUGUGCCAUCAGAGUUUGAAGUGGAAUAUAUCAAUCCUUCAAUAUCUUUACAUUGAGAAACCGAAUGGAUACGUUCAAUACGUUCAACCAGAAGUAAUUCCUAAGGAAAUUGCAGAUGAUUGUUUAUAUCAUCCACAAGAAGGAAAUUGGCCACAUCCAAUAGUGGUUCCAGCAGGAACUUUCUGCGCAUCUGAUCCUAUUAUGAGUCCACCUUCAGGUUGGCCACUAGUUUUUACAAUUAGCGGUGUUACUAACAGAGGUCUUUCUUUAUAUCGUUCUGCUGAAGGUGCAAGUGUCUUUAUGGUUGCUCCUGCUGCUGGAAAUGCUCCUAUUUUUACAGCUUCGCCAAAAUCUACUAAUUCAACAAAUAAGAACUUCACAUCGACUAACGCAAGUGCAGCGAUAUUCGCAGGUGGACUUGCUGUUUUAUUAGAAGCAAAUCCAAACCUAACAUUAUCUGAUCUGUUUUAUAUUACUGCGUUUUCUGCAGAUAAAGUAAAUCCAAACACGAUAAUUUGGGACAAAAAUGGAAUACAACUUAAUUAUAAUAGAAGAUCGGGCUUUGGAAGGUUGAAUCUGGGUAGAGCUGUUGAUAUCGCAUUAAAUUGGACAUCAACUGGGAAAUUUUAUGAAUACAAAGUUGAAAAAACUUUAAAUUUAAUUAUUGAAGACCGUGAGCACAACGUUACUUUUGAUUUCACAGAAAGAAGUGCGAAAUCUGUUUUAUGCGUCAGUUUAUUCUUCAAAUCGAAGAAAUUAUCAUUUGGGUCGUUAAAUCCACACAUUAUUAGUCCAAAUGGAACAAGGUGUGAAAUGAAAAUAUUAACAGAGGCAAACUUAACUUCAACAAUAAACUCAGUUGAAUUAAUGGGAUAUAAAUUCUUAGGUGAAAAUCCAAUAGGAAAAUGGACAGUUUCAUUUAGAGUCGCAGACAAUGCAUAUCAUGGAACAAUAGAGAGCUUAGGUCUUAAGUUCUUCUAUAACAAAAUAGCUCCAGAUAUCUCUUUGAUAAAUCAAAGAAUUGGUUGCCAUUCACCAUUCGAAGCAAAUGUCUCCAAAAUUACAUUCAAAGAAGAUAAAAUUUAUCUAUUUGCAGCAACAGCUGCUGGGGUCAGAGUAAAUGUAAGUGAAGAUGUAAAAGACGCAUACUACACAGUUUGGCUUGCUUCACCGGAUGGAAAUGAUAGGAUUCUUAUUAAUGCUAGUUUUAAUGAGAAAUUCAAUUUGUUAAAAAUAGAAUAUACUCCUAGUGUUUUCAGGGAUAAACUUGAUAUGAUACUUAUUAUUGAUUCCAUGGAUCCUAAGUGCAUCUUUUCAUCAAAUGUUUCAGUUGACUAUAGUAAUACUUUGGAUGUUGGCUUAUCCAAUCCACCAAAUGGAACAGUAUACAAAACUGCAGAUACUGACAUAUAUAUUGAAUAUGUUCUGCAUCUUGAUAGAAUCAUUUAUGAUGGAUUUUCUACAUCAAUCGCUGCAACUAUUAUAUCUCCUGAUAGCAAGGCCAUUCUAAAUAGAGAAUGGAUCAGAAACACAGGAAAUAGGUGGCUUAUUAACAUGAUUCCUUCAACAAAGAAGUUUUAUUUACAAAUAUCACCUACUUCAACUGAAAGACAAGAAUAUAUCCAUCCUAUGACGAUUAAUUUAUUUGUUGUUGAACAAGAUGGCAAAUAUAGGCCCGAUGCAUUAACUCCUGUUCAAAUUACUGAGAUUGUGUUAGGUAUUGUAUUAUUUGUUCUGUUAUUGUGUUUCGGGAUCUACAGAUCUAUUGUUUUGUUUUGCACCAAGAAAUCAUCAAUUCAUUUUGAAUAA